GAGUGUUUAGAACUUCUGCUUCGAAGGCAGGUUUGUCUCUGGGUGUAAACAACAUCGCCUUUAUACGCUCGUUUGAGGAGGGAUAAUGGAAACUACCGAACCUUAAAGCCUUCGACUGUCAAUUAUUUAAACAGAAGGUUCGCAUACCUCCCCAAAGAGUAAUAAGAUUUCCUCCGGAGACGAUGACCGCGGCCAAAAGACUCAUUUGUUGACUCUUUUGUGACAGAUUUCACUGGAGUCUUCAUCGUACGUUACAACAGACAUUUCCCUAUAGCCAUGCGUUAUGUUACAUGCAAGGAUUGUAGCAGUUAUGGAUGAAGACUUGUUCACGUGGAAAGUUUUCACUUGAGCGCAAGGAAACUGCGGUUUUCACCAAAGCUUGGAAAAUUAUUCUGUAGAAUCGUUAUGGCGACAUUGCUUCUCUAUAUGGCUGGUUUUCAGCUGUUAUUUCUCUGGAAGCCCUUAAUUGUUGAAGGCAGUAAUUCAUCAGCAUUGUCCAGCAAUGCAUCAAGUCUAACAUCAACUAAUGGAGUUGGUAAUCAGUUGGCGGUAACUAAUGCAACUAACACCUCUAGUAAUCCAGCUGCAUUAAAUUCUACCCAUGCACCAACAACUCACGGGUUAACGACAAGGACGAUAGGAGGAAUUCUGGUGAAUGCAGGAAAAGGAUCGUCAGCCCCUAUUACUCCAACAAAGGAUGAAAAUAGUGUCUCGGAGAAACCAGAAAGUACCAAGCCAGUUGUUAGGGUAGUUUCAUCUCCUGCGAACCGAAUUGAUGAUGGAGCUGAUAUUCCUUUCUGGGUUUAUAUCCUCAUUGGUGUUGGACUCAUCUUUAUUAUUGCUAUAAUAGCGUGUGUUGUUUAUGCAAAGCUGGACAGAUGGAAAAACCAUGGCUCAUAUAUGGUUUGGGAUGACAAUGAGCUGGAGCUAAGCCCUGCUUUCACAAGGGAAUCUGAAUUUCUUCUUGAUAAUUUGGCAACUAACCAGGAGCCAGGAACUCCGGAACUCCAAAUAUAUGAGAUUCCAUUGGACUCACUUGGGCAUCAACGGGUGUACAUCGGAACAAAGCGUAUUGCACCCAAAACUGAUGAAUGUAAGGAGGCUGUAAGGUUUACUAGAAACAAGAAGUCAAGAAAGAGGGAUGGACUUCAAGGCAACACACUUCCCAGAACUGGCAGAAGAGAUCAUAUUUAUAGCUCAGUCAAUGAUGAAGUGACCAGCACCUUGAGUGAAGGUGAUCUCUUUGAAGGUAGGAAUGUAAAUGGCCAUGCUGUACCUGCAGUUUUAUUAUCCAGUCAAAACUUGGGCAAGAGCGGUUCCUUGAAACCAAUGAUCAGUGGAUCGCCUUCUCCUGACGAAUUUGAAAGGGAGAUGAGAUCUUUAACUCUGGGUUCUCGAACGAAAAGUGUAUCUAACAUAUUCCAGAAUAGACCUCUUCCUCCCGCUCCGAGUAAACGCUUCUCAAAGAGUCUUGACCGUCUCCGUUUCUUUGAAGCGCUGCCAAACAGCAGAGGAAAAGUCAAGACGUUUCCAUCCCAUCACAAGUCACCUCCCAUACGAGCACAUCCAGUGUUGGUAAAAUCGUCGAGCUUUGGAGGAACGUUUAACAAGAUAAUCAGUGGAUCAAUAUCGCAGCCGCCUGUACCACCACCAAGGAAGAAUUCCGUGGACGUCCGAGAUAAAUCGGCGACAAUCGACGUGAGUCACUUCAGGAAAACCAACCUGUGUCACAGGCAUUCCAAGUCGUUGGACACUCUUCUUCUCCUUAGAGACAUAAACUGGACAGCUUUUGAUGUCGAUAUCUACCACUCCUACGAAAGUGUACACGGUAGCCAGCUGGGAGAGAAUAACAACACUAAAGAACCAUCAUAUGCUAGUGUGAGCAGUGACGAAAAACCGCCCUCGAGUCACGAAAGCAAUGGAAGAGCCAGCACCAUGUCUGGGAGUCCCAUUGAUAGUGACACACCUUUAGAUGAUGGCGACGAGGAUCAUCCUUACGCCAGUGUCAGCGAAGAUGAAAGAUCGAAGACUGGGAGUUUUAAUGGAUCUGAUCAGCGCUAUUCAAACCGUGAAAGUGAUGUGAGAGAUAGCGGGGUGUCAUCUGGCCUUCUUGAGCCUGACAGUGACCCUGCAUCACCCUAUGCUUCAGUACGAAUCAGUCAAAUUCCAGGAUUGGUCACUUCUCAGUAUCGCCCUUCAUUAGGUACAGACAGCGACUACAAUGGUGAGGUUUUGGAGAAGGAGAAUUCUGCUUCAAGUAUAGGUACUUGCAAGGAUCUUAGAGACUGUGACGAUGCAAAGCGAGCUAGUACUCACACAUAUCUGGAAGUUCUCCCUGACAGUGGUAGAGAGAGUGUAAUAUCAGAAGCAAACUCAGGCGAUAAACAAGAUGACAAGCGGGCUAGCACUCAUACAUAUUUGGAAAUUCUUCCUGAUAACUGUAGAGACAACGCAAUGCCAGAAACAAGCUCAGACAAAAAAGAUGAAAACGUCAAGCGAGCCAGUACUCACACAUAUCUGGAACUUCUUCCUGAUAACAGCAGAGACAGCGUGAUAUCUGAAACGAGUUCGGGUUAUGCACGCCCAAUAGACGUCGUUACAAGUAAACCAGAGAACUCUGAUAACACCCAUUUGAAUAAUGAAAGGCGCACAAGUUUGACUGAUCUUGAGAUACCCAAUGAGAGAUCUGGAACGCUAGAAAGUACGGACAGUGGUAAUGGAACUCUUGAACAGUGCUCCGCAUCGAAUUCCAGUUCUAUCGCGAGAAAAGGAAACAUUCCUUUGGUUUCAGACAGCUCGCAGAGUCACAGAGGAGGAAUGACUGACUCAAUUGCGGACAGUGCGGUCGGUGCAAAUCCUCGGCGAAUAUCACAACUGUCAUUUGAGGGAUUUCAGGAUAACGACGAAGAUUGCGAUGUCGCUGAUACAAAAUGGGAACCUAGGGACAGUGGUACAGGCGAACUCAUCUAUGACAAAUCAGGCUUCACUGGAAACUUGAGAAGUCAACGUGAUAGCGAACGGUCAGCACCAGUGAACAGUGGCCCUGAUGUGAAUGUUAAUGUACAAACGCUUCGCCUGCAAGAGGCUCGUCACACCGAUGAAUUCUUUGUCUAGGUACUUGGCUGUUUAUAACAGUGUUAAAUGCAACUAAUGAAUUAAUCAUGUAUGCAAAUCUUACUGUACAGUACAGAAAAGCAAGUUAGUGGACAACCGUCGCUGAAGUGUUUUCGUAGUUACAGUGCCGGUGUUUUCGUAGUAAGCACGUGCAGUGGAGAAACGGCAAACUGAAGGAUUUCUUAACCUGUCAGUGACACAAGCUACUCUGAAGGGCAAUUUCGACUUCAUAACAGGAGGGGAACUAAUGGCUAUGACCUUCAUUCCACACACUGUUGGGUCGUUCUACCACUGAGCUGCAGGCAACUCGUGGGAGCGGGGCCAGGUAACUUGAAGGUUCAAAUGAAGUAAACCUUCUGCUCACUGCCGGGAUCAGUGAGAACGUGUGGAAAGAAUUGGCAGUGGUGGGUACCUUGUGUCACUUACUGAAAAUGAUUUUUUUUCAGUCGCACGUAGAAACUAAAGGUUUUAUUCAACCCCAAAACUCAACUGAAGUAGUUCGACGGACUUUUCAAAGACCUAAGCAGAUAGAUUAAAAGUUACAAGUAAGUAUAGCCCAUAUAUAUAGAAUUUGCAUUAAAUAAUCUCUGUGCGAGGGACUAGAUACUAUAAAAGGGGCCAAGGAAACACUCAAGCAAGUGAUCAAGAGUGAUCGGGAAGUUCUUUUGUGAACUUUUUAAAUUUGAAGGACUAAACAUGCGACUGGUUCGUAUAUAGGCGUAGUAUCGAGCUGGACUCAUUGCUGAAUGUGUAUCGUGUUUGAGUGUCGCCUGGCCCUUUUGGGAAUCUACCGGAGUCAACCGAACUUUCCACUACAUAGAUAUCAGUCUCUUAAAUACUGUUUUCGGCACUGGUUGCCAUACAUCUUGUUUGGUGUUGAAAAGAGUUAAUACGUCAAGAUGUUACGUUGAAUGGAUUUUCAUUAUUCUUAAGGGGAAAUUUGAUUAGUCCGGGUCAAACUCUUUUAACGAGAGGCUUUAUUUAAGCUUGUUUCUGUAAAAUAAAUUUAAAAGUAUCCAGAAAUCAAAGGUUCGUUUGAUUGUUUUUGAACGAAGCUUCAUUGAGAAUGACGAGCACUGUAGAAUUUUUACUGUUGGCUCACGGGUGAUGUUUAUGGUAAAGAAUCCAUUUGUUAGACAAAUGUAUCAAAAAAGGAACAAAUAUUUUGACAGUUAUGAAAGGUAGAGCGCCAAGAGCGAAUAAACUGGGUGAGGCUGGCUAAAUGUGUGUUCAGUUUCUGAUUUCAUAAGCUUAGUUGCUAUUUGCUCAGUUUCUUCAACUGUAAGUCUCGAAAAAAGAGCGUUUUAAUACGUUUAGUGUAAACGUGUCUAAUUAAUAAACUUACAGGGAGAUGUCA